GGAAGCAGUGUUGGCAUUAGAAGAUGGAGGAUUACAAUUGUCGUCGUCGUUCUUGGGAGCGGUGGGCGUAUGCUUGGCUUUGUUGCGGAAAAUGAUUUGUGCAGCUUUGUCGGCGGCGAGAAAAAAAGUGGUUGUCGACAAGCAGACAGAGUAUACAAUGAGGCCAGCAGAAGCCUUCUCUGCUUUAGCUCGGGACAUGACCUAAGCGAUCUUGUCGACAACAACCCGUUUGAAGCAAGAGACCUUAAGGAAGCCAGCGACAGCGACGCAAGCAGUAAUAGUAAUAGACUCAUAGUGGAAGAGAUCACGGUGACUGAGAGAGAUGAAGAUCGUAAGGAUAUCGCUGGUACGACGCGUAGAAGAGGGUAAAGUAUGAGAAGGGAAAUAUUCGCGCAGCCAUACCGAGGCGUUAGUCACGUGUUCAGAAAAUCAACC